AUGCUGUACUUCACCCUCUCCGACGUCCUCGCUCUCCCUUACUACUACACGCGCACGAGACUGCACCAGCUACUCCACGAAAUGGGCCUCAAAUCACGAACCAGUUUCCUGCGAAAAGGCGCGGAGCGCCACACGACCGACGACACACCGUGUUGCAUCUGCCACGAGACAAUUGCCAAAAAGAGCACGUUCUGGUAUCUCUGCGCGCAGCUCCGCAACACGCGGAACGCAACUCGGAAUUUCGUGUUGCGCGGGCACGCGGGAGGCAGCAAGACGCUGACGCCGCGCGCCGAGUCGUCGCCGUGGAACUGCAUGAUGCGGAUUAAGCGGUGCGGACACUGCUUCUGCUACGACUGUCUGGAGACGUGGACAGCAGCGGAAAUCUUCACCGGCGUCAUCCAAGCCAAGCGAGCCUUUGUUUCCGGUCAGCGCGGCCGUGAGUCAUAG